ACCAAUCUCUCGCCGCCGCUUCCCCACAUCUUGCACCGCUUGCCCAGCCCGGCGGCCUUACACCAGAUCACCUCACUACACCGGCAGGCCUGCACACCCACUUUCACGCACCUCUGCCGCCGACAUGUCUCGCGCCCUGAACGACGACGAGGUGCUGACGGAGAUGAAGAAGAUGGUGGCCUUCAUCAAGCAGGAGGCCAUGGAGAAGGCCCGCGAGAUCCAGGUCAAGGCAGACGAGGAGUUUGCCAUCGAGAAGGCCAAGAUCGUGCGCCAGGAGGCCAUCAGCAUCGAUGCCGCGUACGAGAAGAAGACAAAGCAGGCGCAGGUGGCGCAGAAGAUCGCUGCGUCGAACCAGACGAACGCCUCGCGCCUGAAGGUGCUGCAGAGCCGCGAGGCGCACCUGCAGGAGCUCUUUGAGGCCGCACGCGGCCGCCUGGAGGAGCUCAGCAAGGACCAGUCGAAGUACCAGGAGCUCCUGACGAAGCUCGUGCUGCAGGGCCUGCUCCAGCUCACCGAGCCGAAGGUGGAGAUCACCGCCCGGUCCGGCGACGUGCAGAUGGUGCAGGAGGCAGCCAAGGCGGCCGCCAAGCAGUACGAGGAGAAGAGCGGACGGAAGGUGGAGACGAACGUCAAGGACGGCCUGAGCAAGGACUGCGCCGGCGGCAUCAUGCUGGCCGGCCACGAGGGCCGCAUCAAGAUCAACAACACCCUCGACGAGCGUCUGCGGCUUUCGGAGGACCGCAUGCUGCCGGAGAUCGGGCAUGACCUGUUCGGCCCCAACCCCAACAGGCGAUUCUUCAACUGAGCGAGCUGCGCUUGUAGCUCUCGCGUUAGUGGGCGCGCGAGCUCGGGCGAUGGUCUCCGUCAUGCUACCCUCCACAUCUGUUCCUUCUGAGCCUGAGCAAUCGACCCUUCACUGAUG